UGGGAAAAAACUUCUGUAUACUCAGAAUGUGUUAUUUAAUCGUUGGUCGUUGUGUUACGACCGUUGAAUAUGUGAGGAUUGUAUAUCACAAUAGAUUAUCGGUUUGGAUUAAAUCGUGUUUUUACAUCGAAAGAUACAGUCCUCUUGAUUUGUUUGAACAGUUCCCUAACACUGACCCCCCUCCAUUCCUAAUUAUAUAUGCAAUCAAGUUUGCUUUCAGAUGUAGCCAGGUGUCAAUUUUCCGGGUCGUUCUGCUUGUCUCGAAUCACCCUCAACAUUUUGUGGCGUCACACGAAUCGUUUUCAGUCAUAACUUAGCCACGUGUGCGUGUCUGGAGACGGGACGUUUGGUCAGAAAUGGCGCAGUCCACUCCACCACCGAAUAUUUCACUACCCGCUCGAAAUACAGCAGAGUUCAAUGCUUUCUUGGCUAAGAUUGCUGAUCAAAUAACAGAGGAAGAGUUGGAGAAAAUGAAAUUUCUCUGUGACAGAUCACAAACCAAUAAUAGUUUACCACGAGGAAAGCUUCAUGCUAUCAUAAACCCACGCGAGUUUUUGAGCUUCUUACGCCAUCACGAUAAAAUCUGCCUAGAAGACGUAUCCUAUUUGCUAUGGCUACUUAGAAACGUCGGACGUAGUGAGCUAGCCGCUUCAGUCGAGGAACAAGGUAAGAUUCUGGUUAAGACCCGUGUGUAGAUAGAUUUUUUGUAAGACUGAAUGAUGCUUUCGUUGUUUUUUCUUUAUGAAUAAUGCGUCUUGACAGACCUCAGAUUAAUUCUUGUCAGGUCUUCGAUAAAUUCAAAGUUGAUGUGGUUGUGAGCGCGCUAAAGAAAAUUAAUGCUAAAGAUAAAUGCGUAAAUAUUAGCGGUAUAUUUCACGGUCGAAGAGUUUGCAUUUGCAAAUUGCAGCAGUAUCGAAUGAUGUUUGAUUGUCAGUAAAAUUGAUAAAUUUGAAACGGCGUGCAUGCUUCGGCUUCCUUUGCUCGCUGAAUUUGGCGCCGCGAGCGGUAAUUAGAUAACAGCUUAAUAUGUGAGUAACACAGUUACUAUCUGCGUCGGUAUAUAUACAUACUGUAAGAUUUUAAGCCGUUAACUAACGGCGCAGAAUCUCUCAGGACGCCGUUAACUAACGGCAUAAUCUGACUCAGUCGGUAUGUAUACGUACUGUAAUUUUUAAUACCGACGCAGAUAGUGGCGUAAAAUCCUACAGUCUAUUGAGCGUGUUAGUCGCAUAUUAUCUAUAUUCCCCUAAAAAGAGGCUGGACCUCAACGUUUUCGAGUUACUUGGCGAGGAGAGAUAAAGGUUGAAAUGGAGUGCCUUCUGUCGUCGUGCUGAUAAGGAGUUCGUGUCUAUCAAGAAUUUGCAUACAUGUUCUGCACUCUUUGAGACUAAACAAAUCGCGAAGACACUUUCAGGGGACGGUUCCAAUAAUAUAUGACCAGCACACAGGCAUUAGAAGUCCAAGUCAACGCAAAAAAGGUCUAAUGAGUGGAGAAAAGGAAAUUUGAGACAGCGAAGACGUUUUUCCCGACGAAAUUUCUUUGUUUCUUGCCAGACGGACAUUGACCGCCAUCAAAUGGACGAUAUGAUUAAAAAUGAAUCGAUGUUAUGAGCUGAUAACAAAACAAUUUGAAACGAACUCAGUAACAUGCCAGCGUUGAAACGGAAACUUUUCAUUUAUAAUACACUGAAAAGUUAUGAAUCCGCAAAAUUCUUCUCGGGAUUUCCAACUUUGGUCUGUCUAAUGGCGAUAUUCAAUAUUUUCAAACCUUUCGUCGUGAAACAGAAAUACUGGGAUCGUAAUCGGUAGAAAAUCUGCUUGUACCACUUGUGCCUCUUGCUAAUAAAACAUUAACGGUUUGUGCUGCUUUUUUUAAUCUUCUACCUCCACUUACAAAGUAGAACUCUCCAGUAUUCUCCUAAUUUAUCACAAAGAAAAAAAUAAAUAAAACUAAAACUAACUUCAUUAUGCAAAGAAAUCUUUCAGCUUUAUCUUUCCUAUUUUAACUACUUCAUAGGUUGGUUUAGUUCAGAAAACAAAGGAUUUUUUCGGGAAUUGAUCCACCGAAGAUAACAUUGGUUAACAGACAAAAACUUGUGAUAUCACGGUCACUUAGCAUGGUCCUCUGUCAUAUUACAAUGCAUCUAUAAGCACUGUCAUAUCUUUCUUGAUAUAAAAACUCAAUAUGCAAAUCAAGUGUAUCUACUAACCUGUAAUCAGGCCAUAAGGACUAUUUAGCAUCUUGUAGGUGCAUAUUAAAUUAGUUUUAACACGGAAGGUGCUUGAAUUCUUAAAGGCUUUGUCAGGCGUGAGUAACCUCUUAAUGAAUCUUUCCAAUCUUUCCACUUGGGAGUUCAGCACUAUAUGAUCCAAAAAAGCUUUGAUAGCUUCCCCACCAUUUGCUCCCACAGGUCUUUCUCAACUUUUAGUAACUAUUAAUUUCCCUUAAGAGUGUAAAUAAUAGAAUUACACUGUUCCAAUCCAGCCAAAGCUAGAUUUAACAGUGUAAAGCUUGCGUUUGAUUGUAUUUGCCAGCCACUUCAUCAAGGCAGUGAGCUGCCCCAACACUGGGUUGAAGAUUUCUUUCGCUAAAAAUGCUCUUGACCUCGAAAAGUGUCUUGACACAACACUUAGAAACUUGAAUUCUGGCUGGAGAAGCUCCCAGAUAUGGUUAAUGAUUGGCGAUAAAAAGACCACAUUGAAAAACUUCCAUACCCUUGUGUUUUGUUUAAUGUUCCUUGUUAUUCUCUUUCAUAACCACAUCUUUCUUCUCAGAUACGUGGAUCAGAGUAAUUUUUUCAUGUAUAUUAUUAUGCCGAAAAUUAUACUAGCACAAUCUUUAGAGGCCUAUGUGUGUUCUUAUAUUUAGGGUUCCAUCGGUUUAUCCUUGGCUUGUUUUUGGGACAUCUGUUGUGGUCGGCUACCGUUCGUGUAUCUGUUCAAACUUUUUCUUUCUUUCUCUUUUUUUUUUUUCGUAUUUUAGGUAUACCGUCGUCGCUGGGUGGUCAACCUCGAGAUCUUCCGUGUUUAACUGCACACUUUGUUGGAAGAGACGCGGACGUAGAUAAAAUCGUAAAUCAACUGCAGACCUUUCGUAUGGUUGUUCUUCUUUCCAUCCCAGGAAUGGGGAAGACUGAAGUGGGAAUCCGUGUAAGUCACUUGUUAAAGCAAAGGGGUGACCAGUUUGUAACGCAUAUUCGCGUAGAAAGUCAUCAUCAGAAGCUCGCAGACAUCUGCAGUGAGAUUGUUGAUCGAUUGAGUAGUCGCACCUAUUCGGAAACCGCUGACUUUAUAUCCCUUGCGAAGCGUAAACUAUCGGAGCGAAAUAUCCCAACUCUUAUUGUGCUGGACAAUACAGAGAAUAUACAGGGCGAGGAAUUUGAUGAAUUCACCAAAUGGCUCGUGGAAUCUGCCCUGAAUGUACAGUUGAUAAUCACUACUCGAAAAGAUGUUGGAUUCGUGUCGGUGGACGUGUGUAGGUUUCCUCUGAAUCCUUUGGAUCCCGACUCGUCUGCAAAACUGCUUCGGAGCCUUGUUGACGACUGUAGUGAGGAACACUCAAAGGAACUUGCGAAAUUGUGUGGUGGGAUACCACUCCUUCUUGUAACCUGUUCUGACUCGCUGAACAAUGGUUUAAGUCCCGAUCUGUUAAUCCAACAGCUCAGUAAUGAUCCCAUACAACAUUUCAGGAUCAGUGCGAACGAUGUUUACAACACGCUGGAAGUAUUUUUUAACACUUUUUCCGAUGAGGUAAAAAAUAAUCUUGUCCUUUUUUCUGUUUUCCCAUCGGAGUUCUCAGGUCAAGACAUCCAGUGUCUUUUCGAAGAUUCCUUACACUGUGAAACAGUGACGAACAGGAUGGUCAAGUAUGGUCUUCUUCAAAGGAACGUCGUUGGAAAGAUGAGGAUGCAUCCUUUAGUCCAAGCCUACUUCCGGACAGAGAAAGAGUCUUUAGGCAUGGGUGACCUGUGGCGCACCGCUCAGUGUAAAUUUAACCAUCAAUACCUUGGUAAGCUGAGAGUCUUGAGCAAAGAGUUUAUCAGCAAAAAUUCAGCUUUGGUUGCGAUCCAUAAGUUUCGACAGCAGAAAGCGAACAUCAUGGAAGCGCUGAAGAAUUGUCUCGAAGACUCUAGCGAUUUAGAUGACAAGAAUUUCGUUUUAGACGUCGUGAACAGUACAGAAGUGCUGGAUUUUGUGGCAAAAGUCCUAACACCCCCUAAAGAGUGCUCAGUGCUGUACCAGAAAUGCUGUGAUAUUGCUAAAGCGUCCGGCGAUAUGAAGAGGCAUGCAGAGAGCUUGAAUUCACUGGGAUUCCGUCGUCUCUGUGACGUAUCUCACAGCAAAGACAGCCCAGAAGAAAACUUAGCCACACUUGCAAAGUUUCAGGAAGCAUACGAAAUGCGCAGGACAUUACCAGCAGAAGAACGAAAAACCCAAACGCAUGCACACACCGCUAGUAAGCUGGGAGUAUGUUUGGUAUUGCAGGUGAGAUCAUAGUAAAUAUAAAAGAGGACUAUGUGGCGUUUUUUUUGUUUUGAUUUUCCUCCUUAUCUCUUCCUUUUUAAGGAGAAUUUUUCUUAAUAGCUUCCCUUUUAAGUACCCUCCCUUCAUUUUUGUUUGUGGGAAUCUAUGGAGGCUUAUGAGAAUCUUACGCCAAGGUAAAGUGUGGAAGCUCUCCUUGUUUACUGAAAUUUGUAGGAAAUCUAAUGAAACUUUGUCAAUAAUGGACAGAAAUGGGCGAAUUUGCUGCAGUCCUAAUGGGGUAUCACUGGCAGUUAGGCAGGCUGUGCCCGGAUAUUUACAAGGGCUAUUUGUUUUGCAGGGAGAAGAAAAAAAAGGACGAGAGCUCAUACGGGAAGGGAUUUCAAUAAGAAAUUCUUUAAGUAACUGUUUGUAUGUUGCUGCUGGAUACUGUGACCUUGGAAGUAAGUAAAUGUUUUUGUUUGCACUCCAUAUAACACCCGCGUAUCCUUGUAAGAGACUGAAUGGAGGCUAAAAGGAUGACAAAGCGCACUGUGAAAUUCCGAAUUGGGUGGUUUUUUUUUUAUAAACCGAGAGAAAAACAAAUAAAUUUCCAAUUAAAUGAGAACUGAAAAGAGGAAAUACCAAACUUAUGUAUUGAAAUCUCGUCGAGUCUUAUUUUCAUGGAGAAUGAACGAAUGGUCUUGUCUAUCGGCUUCGGCGUGAGAGUGAAACAAGCAACUCUGAAUGCUUGAUCCCCAACAGGCGAACUUUCGCAUGCAUAUUCUCCAUACUGUUCUAAAACAUUCCCAGUGGUAUUGACAAGGAGAAUCUGGGUUCUUUUAUUGGCUAUCAUUUUAUUUUAUUAUUCAUGCGCUUAAUGUUUGAUUUAAAAGGUGCUAUUGCAAGGAAAAAUUCGAAGUUAGGAACCUUGGGGUAAAAAAAGGUUGAUGUUCCUUGGUUAGUCAGACAAAGUGUUUAUUUGUGAUAUGGGGAGGGAUUUGUUAAUUUGAGAAGGAAACUAAUGUUUCUGAGCCAUUUGAGAAAUAGCCCUUUAAACGUUUACGGCUUACAAGCUUUAUGCUCUUUAACAAAACCACCCUAGACACGUGCCGGCUUUGAGUCAGAAGUCCGUCUCUUUAUCCAUUCCAGUUGUCUCUUUUUAAAACGCGGUAAGGUUUCAUUUAACAGUGUAAAAGCGUAAUAUUGUCUUCACACUUUGUUAGAUUCUUAUCGAUUGUCUGGUGAUCAUCAAGAAGCAAUCGACAUUUGGAAAGAGAACACUCUGCCAGUUUACAAAGAGCAGCUUGGUGACCACCCCUGGACAGCUUCAAUUUUGUCCUACAUCGCUGACUCGUACAAGGCCCUUGCUGCUGGAAGCUCUGAGCGAGGUUACAUCGACCAGGCCGAGAUGUACUCCAGGGAAGCUCAUGGGCUACGAGAUAGGCUGUUGGGUCAUCAUCAGGAUACAGCUCGUUCGUGCGUUCAGGUUAGCGAUGUGUUAGUCCUUCAAGGACAAUUCGAUGAGGCUUUGGAGGAGCUCAAUAAGGCGUUUGAAAUUCAAAAGGAUGUUUUGGGCCCUGACGACAAGAUCACGAAGAACAUAAUGAGCAAAAUGAGUUACGUGAUGGACAAACGAGCCUCAAAUCCUCGUUAACUGCACAUUCUCAAAACCGAAGCCCGAGGUAAAACUCUUGGUUCUUAGUGAACAGACUGAAGCAUGUAAAUAAAAAUGUAAUGUAUUAUUAAUAUCAAUAUAUUAACUGAGUUGAUAACGUAAAUUAGCCACCGUAAAGAGUUUAAAAGCUGACGUUUCGAGCGGUAGCCCAUAGUCAAAUCGAAUGAGGAAGAGCUAACGCUCGAAACCUCAGCCUUUUACGGUGGCUAAUUUACGUUAUCAACCCAGUUGAUAAGACUAAAUUACUAUGUUAAACUCUUCCAUCGACGAAAAGCCACAGUCUCUUUAGAAACUUACCCCCGUGUAAAUAAAACUUAGACCAAUUGGUAUCUCAUCAGUGUUGCAAGGAAGUUAUUUAAAUUCAUUGGAAUAAUGUAAAAAUCAAGUUUUUGCCUUCUUUCAUCAUCGUUACGAACGAUUUUUUUAGUUUGGUUUUUCCUUGUCGUGUUUAUUGUGUUUCGGAAUUGGUAUCGACUUAUCCCACAAAAUUAAAGCGUAUUAUAAUACUUCAGAAGAAAAUUACUACAGUCAUCACCAAAGAGCCUUUCAAUGCUCAUACUAACCCCAUAAGGAGGUAAGUAGUGGGUUUUCCCACCAUCGUUAGACAUUGACACUGAGGUGAGGUGUAUAUACUAAAACAGUGAGAUAAUAAAGCACAAAAAGAUGAGUUUAACUCAUUUAUUCCUGGAACUAUUGCAAUAUUUUCGGUUGCGAAUCCUACAGCCCAUAUUCGAAGUUUGAGUAGCCAAUCAGCGCGCCUUAACAUUGUUUUAGUAUAUACCGAUAAAAUUUAGUGGCUUAGUUUCCGUUGGCUGUUUAACUGUCCAUUUCGACUGGUCUAGUUAAAAGGUGCUGCUAAUCAGGCAGGUAAAAUUGUGCAGUUCAGUGACUCCCUAGUUGGAAAAAGUGUUAAAUAAACGCUGUUAAGGACCAAGUAGAUUCGAGCACUUUGCUACUGACACAACUUUCCAAGAGGAAGUAGAUUUAGCUUCUCCCAUCCGGGGAAUUACUUUUCUGUCUACGGUGAAUGUUUGUAAGUAGACUGCGAGUAGUCCCUCCUAUUCGGGAAGUCCGUCACGCGGGUCAAAAAAGGGUCAGUGGAACUCUGGAAGUUAGGCGCACGGAAACUACAGUCUGUAUUAUUUCCGAAUUCACGCGACGAAGUGCACCGAAAAGGAUGGACUGCUCGUGUCAAGUUUCUAAGAAGCUUAUCCAUAAACAAUAAUUUGCGCUGAGUCAAAAAUUCUGUUUCGAGGUUAUCUGUUGUUUCUUUUGAUCGCGGUUGUUGUCAAUCGACAAGAUGCAUUCAUCAAGUAGCAUAAGUGUUUCUUUAUCAAUAAAAUAAUUGAUCCGCUUGUAGUAAAAGACCUAGAGAAUAGUUAUAUGUCAUAGCCGUUGCACAUAUGAAUUUACUUCGAUUCUGUGUUAUAGCUGUUUACUUCCAAAACAAAAGAACAAAUAGGUUUCGACAAAACUAUUUCUAGUUCAAGUCAUAGGGAAAUAUAUGUUGUAAAGUUCCAAUACAAAUUUUCAACUAAG